AUGGCAUCCAAGCCACUAUCCAAGCAGCAGCCGAAAGUGCCAUUGCCAGAAGAUCUCCCACGUACCUCUGCGGCCACUCCAGCGGCGGUGAAUUCAUCAAAUGUCCUCAGCACCUGCGAUCUGAAGAUGAACGGUGCGCCAGCAAGAGCAUCAGACACAUCGAUGGCAGGAUUUCUUGCCACAAAUGCCGUAAUUGUCUGCGGAGUGCAUAAGCAAGAUGCUCGACUCGAGAUUCGAGAUGCGAGGAUGAGAGAACGGUGA